AUGUUGUUCUUCCUAGUUGACCAUGUGGUUCCUGAGCACGGGACAAGCCUGCUGGCUGCUUUUGAUCAAUGGAGGGAGUGGGCGGACAGCAAGUCCUGCUGCGACUAUUCUCUGCACGUGGACAUCACGGAGUGGCACAAGGGCAUCCAGGAGGAGAUGGAAGCGCUGGUGAAGGACCACGGUGUAAACUCCUUCCUCGUGUACAUGGCUUUCAAAGAUCGAUUCCAGCUGACGGACUCCCAGAUCUAUGAAGUGCUGAGCGUCAUCCGGGAUAUUGGUGCCAUAGCUCAAGUCCAUGCAGAGAAUGAAAGCAAGCCCAAGAACGUAGGACAGCUUUGGGAGCUGAACACCAGUGUGGGAAUCCAGAGGGCCUGGUGUUCUGGACAUGUGCUGAGCCGACCAGAGGAGGUCGAGGCUGAAGCCGUUAACCGCUCCGUCACCAUUGCCAAUCAGACCAACUGCCCCCUGUAUGUCACCAAAGUGAUGAGCAAGAGCGCGGCUGACGUCAUCGCCCAGGCACGGAAGAAGGGAACCGUGGUGUAUGGCGAGCCCAUCACGGCCAGCUUGGGGACGGAUGGCUCUCAUUACUGGAGUAAGAACUGGGCCAAGGCGGCUGCUUUUGUCACCUCCCCUCCCUUGAGCCCCGACCCAACCACUCCAGACUUUCUCAACUCCUUGCUGUCCUGUGGAGAUCUCCAAGUCACAGGCAGUGCCCACUGUACCUUCAACACUGCUCAGAAGGCUGUGGGGAAGGACAACUUCACCUUGAUUCCUGAGGGCACCAACGGCACAGAGGAGCGGAUGUCUGUUAUCUGGGAUAAAGCUGUGGUCACUGGGAAGAUGGAUGAGAACCAGUUUGUGGCUGUGACCAGCACCAACGCAGCCAAAGUCUUCAACCUUUACCCUCGAAAGGCCGCAUCGCAGUGGGAUCUGACGCAGACUUGGUCAUCUGGGACCCUGACAGCGUGAAGACCAUCUCUGCCAAGACACACAACAGUGCUCUUGAGUACAACAUCUUUGAAGGCAUGGAGUGCCGUGGCUCCCCACUGGUAGUCAUCAGCCAGGGCAAGAUUGUCUUGGAGGAUGGCACGCUUCAUGUCACUGAAGGCUCAGGGCGCUACAUCCCUCGGAAGCCCUUCCCUGACUUUGUGUACAAGCGCAUCAAGGCAAGGAGCAGGCUGGCCGAGCUGAGGGGGGUCCCGCGUGCCUGUAUGAUGGACCCGUGUGCGAGGUGUCUGUGACACCCAAGACAGUCACUCCAGCCUCAUCAGCUAAGACAUCCCCUGCCAAGCAGCAGGCGCCACCGGUUCGGAACCUGCACCAGUCUGGAUUCAGCUUGUCUGGAGCUCAGAUCGACGACAACAUUCCCCGCCGCACCACCCAGCGCAUCGUGGCGCCCCCUGGUGGCCGUGCCAACAUCACCAGCCUGGGCUAAAGCCCCUAGGCCUGUAGGGCCACCUGGGGAUGGGGGAUGGACACCUGAGGACAUUCUGAGACUUCCUUCCUUCCAUUUUUUUUUUUUUUUUUAAAGAGCCUGUGAUAGUUGCUGUGGGCAGCCAGUUCCUGGGGCUUCCUCUUGGGCCCCCCACACACACUUGGUUUCCCCUUGGAGUUUCUGAAUUCGCUCACCCAAGUCCCCUACACAGUUACGAACACCACACCCAAGCCUAGCCACCCACCCCACACGGAGCUGCAUCUAACACGCAGACAUGCGCCACCAAGCAGAUCCCAGCGAGGGUCCCCGUCACACCCUCGGCUGCACCUUCCUGUCCUGGGAAGAUAGAGUGAAUUGCCCUGAGCUGCCUUCUUUUCUUUUUAAAGAUUUU